UCCUUAAAUGUCAAAUGUAGAGGAAAAAACAUAACCUAACAUAACCUAUUUUUUGUUCAGUGAAAACAUUUUGGAAUAAUUUUAUAUUUUAAAUUGAAAUGACAAUGUUUGUUAAAUCUAUGAAAGCUUUUUGUUCUUCUCGCUCUUUAACAGCAUAUAGCAGAUCAAUUCAUGUUACGAAAGCUCUUAAUCUUUAUUCGCCAACUGCUCUUGGUAUUGAUGGAUAUCUUCAAUCUCGAAAAAGGGUGAAGGAUCAAUUCUUUAAUUUUUCUGAUACCUUUAGGGCCAAAAUGAGAGAUUUUAUAUCUGAACCUAAACAUAUGAUAUUUACAGAAGACUUAAAAAAUAUGGUUCAUAUGGCUGAGCCAACAGAUUUGGAUCUUGUGUUAAAUAUGAUUAAAAAGUUCAAUAAUCAAAAUACGGAAUUUAGGUUUGGUUCAUUUGUUUUUGGUCCAGUUGUGAUGAGAAUGUUUCAUUUCUUGGAUGCACCUAAUGAAGCAUUGAAGUCCUUUGAAGAUGUGGAAAACAGUGGUUUCUAUGAUCAGCUUGUCUCAUAUCAGAUAUUACUUGAUCUAUUAUAUAACCAUGAAAUGUUUGACGAGAUGUACAGGGUGUUUGAAAAAGUACAAGAGAAGCAGUUAAAUAUGACAAAGUUCCCAAAGUAUCCACUAAUAGUGGUUUUAGCUGCUUGUUAUAAACAAAAUACACCAAAAAGUUUGGAAUUUGCAACAAAAAUAUGGACAGAAAUGACAAGUGUUGGGACUGUGCCUGUCAGAAGAGCUGCCACAUUAUUUGCAGCAUUAGCUUUGAAUCAAGGCGCUCCGCACAUCGCAUUGGAGAGCAUAUCAGCACAAAAACCACAUUAUGUCACUGUUAGAAAUAUUAAGGUGAUAGCGUUAGCUGAAAUGGGAAGAGUAGAUGACGCGUUGCCAGUUUUGAGAUCUGUAAUGGAAAUUGACGUGCCAGAACAAAACCAUAAACAUACAUUCUUUGAAGAAACUAUAUCGAAAGUGAGAAGUUGUAUUGAGAAAACGGAAAAUAAAGACAUUCAAAAGGAAUUUGAAAAUAUAGUAAAGGCACUCGGUGAUCGGGACCUUAUAGAUAAUCAGACUUUAGAUUCCUUAGUGACGUCAGAAAUAAAUAUAACAAGCAAAAGCCCGAGAAAGGUUCAAGGCAUGCCGCAAAUGCCAUACACUUUAAGGAAGAAACGGCACAACGCAAGAGAAGAUAUGGUCUGAAUAUUGUUUAUAUCAAAGACCAUUGAUAACUGAAUUAUUUUAAAUCUGUUUAGUUUUGUCAUAUCUCAAAGUGUGAAAAUUUGAGUGUAAAAGUGUAUGUUGAAUGUAUGUAGAAUGGAAUAAUUCACAGUUUUGAGUAAAUAAAUUACUAAAGACUCUGUAUCUGUAAAAUAAGAUUCAAUUAAAUCAUUAGAAAUAAAUUACAACAUGUGUACAAAAUGUAGUGUAAAUUGAAUAAAAGCUAUGAAACUAAA